AGUGUGAGGCGGAGAGUGCAGAGCUUUGCUGUUUGCUGUUGAAUUGCUUUAACUGCACUUCUGUUUCGGGUGUUGUGCGUCUAUUCAAAUGAAGCUCCUCCUCCUCCAGUGAAGCUCCUCCUCCUCCAGUUCAGCUGUAAACACUGUGAUAUUCCCAUCAGGCUCCAGUGAAGAGUUUAUUGAAGGACAGCGAGAACAUGAGUGAUCCAGAACCCUGCAGAAUUAAACAUGAAGACACUGAACAACAAAUAGACCUUAUUGAAGAGUGUGAGGAGAAUAAAGAAGAGGAACACCAUGUCAAAAUUGAGGACAAAACUCAUUUACAGACUGAUGGUAUUUUCAAAAGGAGAGACAAGAGUGAUUUUACCUGCACCCAGUGUGGAAAGUGUUGGGCCAGCAGAAGCAGGCUUGAGAUUCACAUGAGGAUCCACACUGGAGAGAAACCAUUCACCUGCACUCAGUGUGGGAAGAGUUUCAAACAAUCAUCACACGUUACUCGACACAUGAUGAUCCACACUGGAAAGAACUCAUUCACGUGCACUCAAUGUGGGAAGAGUUUCAGCCAAUUAUCCAACCUUAAAAAUCACAUGAGGAUCCACACUGGAGAGAAACCAUACACAUGCACUCCAUGUGGGAAGAGUUUCAGCCACUCAUCAACCCUUAAUCAACACAUGAAGAUCCACACUGGAGAGAAACCAUUCACAUGCACUCAAUGUAGGAAGAGUUUCAGCAAAUCAUCACUACUUUAUACACACAUGCGGGUCCACACUGGAGAGAAACCAUUCACAUGCACUCAGUGUGGGAAGAGUUUCAGCCAAUCAUCACACCUUAUUAAACACAUGAGGAUCCACACUGGAGAGAAACCAUUCACAUGCACUCGGUGUGGGAGGAGUUUCAGCAAAUCAUCAAACCUUAAUCGACACAUGAAGAUCCACUCUGAUGUGAGAAAGUGCUUGGAGUGUGAGAAGACUUUUAUUACAACUGGAGAAUUAAAACGGCACCAGAGGAUUCAUGCUGGAAAAAAAAAAGUACAAGUGUUCACACUGUAAUAAGAGGUUUAGUCACUCAGGAACCCUUAAAACACAUGAGAAACCAUAGACAUGAUCAGAGUCUACAGAGUUUCGCUCACUCUGCACAGCUUAAGAAACACAUAGGCUGUAUCUGAAACCGCCUACUAGUCAGUAGGUACCGCGUUUGAAUUUAAAUCUACUACUCAGUCUUUUAAAAACUAUGUUCUAUACAGUUUGAAUGUAAGCAGUAUGAAUGGAACUCGGACGUACUACAUUUGCAAAAAAGUUGCGUCACUUUACUCCCAUUCAUGAAUUCUGUCAAUGGGGCUUCAUGGAAUAGCAUAAGGUAAAUCCGUUGCUCACUUCUGAAUUUUGUCGGAAGAAGUUGGUCUUCUGGGUACUUCUCUUCAGAGGAGAGGUGUUAGAUUCUGGCUCUGGAUAUUCUGAACAGCUCUCUCAUUGAUCAGUUUCAUCAGGUCUAUUGUUAGUCUUGAGGGAAUGCCAGGGGGCGUUCUUGAGGGAGGGGGUACUGUCACCGUACCUCACGCCUUUGCUCUCACCUCCUGUUCUGGGUUACAGAUUACCUCUUGUCAUCUGCUUUUAUUUGCAGUCACAGGAGCUCUCAUUUCCCUUUUUCAUAUUUAUACCACAUCAUUUCUCUUUAUGUUUGUCAGUAUGGUAUUGAUCGUUUGUGUGCCUAUUAUUUUGUCACUCACCCUGUAUUUGCAUCAAGCACUGCCAGUAAGCGAGUGUCUAUUUUAUUUAGUUUUUUCAGUUCCCCUUUUUUUUUUUUUUUACUCGUGACACUAGUAUUUUCUUUCUCAUUUGUGUUUAAAUGUCUUUAGAUUUUGGCAUGAUGUCUAGCUUUUGAGGCUCGUUUGGUCUACUUCACUUUGUCAGACAGGUCCUAUUUAGGUGAUUUCUUGAUUGUGAACAGGUGUGGCAGUAAUCAGGUCUGGGUGUGGCUAGAGAACUAUGUUUUUAUGUUAUGUUUUAAUGGGGGAACAUUUUUUACACAGGGCUAUGUAAUUCAGUGUUUUGUCUUCCUUUUAACAAUAAAAACCUUCAUUUGAAAACUGCA